UUAAACUAACAACUGCUAAACCUGAGUACGUCUCUAUCGACAUCUUAGAAAUGGAUGAGAAUACCUCUAAGAAAAGUGUUAACCCUUCAUCACUGGUGGACUUGAAAGCUGAACUGUUCAGAAAACAAGAAGAGUUCAAAACCCAAAAACUUCAAAAAGCAACCUUCAUAAAAAGUCGUGUAACUGAAAAGAAACCCAAUAUAUGGAGCAAGAAAAAUGCUGGAGUUUUACAGAGAGCAGAGAGAGAUUUAGAAGCUAAAGCUGAAGAAGAAAACUCCUUAGAGAAGUCCAGAAAAGCAUUGGCAGCCAAAGCAAAGCUGUAUGAGAAGAUGACACAGGGAAAUGAAAUUCCUGAGGAAGACGGCAGCAAAAUUUUCUUGGUUGAUUUUCAGAAGAAAGCAAUUGAUACCAUUAUAGAGAAGAGAGAUGAAGAAAGAAAGGCUGGCGCCAAUUCCAGGAGCGAUGAAUCCUGUAACGAUGUGAUGACAGAAGAUAUCCCAGCUAACCCAGGUGAAGAAUGGGUAGAGUUUACAGACUCGCUGGGCAGAGUCCGCACCUGUAUGAGGAAAGAUCUAGCAGAGUUACAGAGACGGGAUAAGGAUCUAAAUGUCAACAGAAAACCUGCAGAUGUUGUGGAGAAGCCUGACUUAAUGUCUGAGGACAUGAGAAGAGAGUUGGAGCGUGAACGCUGGGAGAGAGAAACUGAAGAGGAACUGGAUAAACCCACAGGACCUAUACACUAUGCAGAUGUACAACACAGAGAGGUUCGUGAUCAUGGUGUGGGGUUUUACCAAUUCUCACAGGAAGAGGAACAGAGACAAGCUGAGAUGGAGAGGCUGGCAAAUCUCAGACAACAGACAGUGGACCAGAGAAGUAAGCGUGAGAUGAUCAAAGAGAAGAGGAAGGCCAUGCUGGAGUCACGCCUGGCAAAGGUCAAGCAGAGGAAGCUGGGGCGUGAGGGUGGGGGUGUAUUCUCACAGGUUGCUCUUCAGACAGAUUCAAAGACAGAAGAGAAACCAGAGACAAGUAAGGAACAGAAGGUUGACCAAGACAAGGAUGUGGAGGCCAAGGUAGAGUCUGUGUUACAGGCAGUGAGGAAAGCUGAGAGCAGAACAGCUGCAGUGAGGGAGUGGGACAUCGGCAAAACAGAAUAUUUGAAUUUGCAGUGGGAAAAUCGUAAGCAGAAGUUAGAAGAUGACAGAAAUCCAGAGUUCGCUCCCCCAACAGCACUGUACAGCAUGGAGACAGCCAAUCAAAACAAGCCAAAUGUCAGAGGCAGGAGAAGGUUUCCUGUUGGAGGUCAAAGGUCACAGGAGCCACCACAGGUUAAAAUCCUCACAAGGGAAGAGUAUGAGGCUCAGUGUAGAAACACAUCAACUGCUUCAUCCACGGCCUCAUCUGACAGCACAGUCAAAACUGAGCCUGUCAUUCAGAAUUUAUGUGAUAUACCAUUGCCAGAAUGUCAGCCCAGCAAAGUGAAGCAAGAGCCAGUCUUCUGUCACAGUGGUGUAAAACAUGAUAACUUUACUCCAGAGUUUUCCCAAGAUUCAAACUUUGCCCAGGCAGUUUCAGUGGAACAGGUUAUGUUGCCAGGUUGUUCAAUGCCUUUGUUUGCCUCAUCUGUAUUUAACACAACAGUGCCUCCACCUGGAUUUGACAUUACAGUGCCCCCACCUGAAUUUGACACAACAGUGCCUCCACCUGGAUUCGACACUACAGUGCCCCCACCUGCAUUUGUUGGUGCUGUACCUCCAUCAGGAUUUGACCCCCAUCAACCUCUCCCUUCCCCAGAACCUGUACCCCCUGCUCAGGCACAUGUGAACCCUACAGUUCAACCACCAUUUGCCCCAGUGCCUUCUGUACACUGCCAACCUGUGUCACAUCAUCACAGUAUACCUCAGGGUAGUACUACUCAGCCUGUAUCAGCAAGUAAUAGCCAAGAACCUGUUGUUGUGCCAAAACUGCACAUUAUGGACACACGGUACAUUAAGAACAAGGAGGCUCCAGUACUGGCUACUCUCACGCCCGCAGGCCAGGUAGGCAUUGCAGAGGUGGUGACAUCAAACACAGGGGCUGCUCCACCAGUGGUGUCCAACCCUGUUAUCAGUGGGCAGCCUGUUAAAUACAUGACACAGGAAAAAUGAGAUGUGAUGUCAGACGUGAGGCUUCUCCAGUGGUGGUAUCAAACCCUGUCAUUAGUACUCAGCCUUUCAGGUACAUGACACAGGAGAAGUGAACUGUGACAUCAGACACAGGGGCUUCUUCAGCAGUGGUGUCCAACCCUGUCAUUAGUGCUGAGCCUGUUGGUUACAUGGCACAGAAGUGAACUGUGACAUCAGACACGGGGGCUUCUUCAGCAGUGGUGUCCAACCCUGUCAUCAGUGUUCAGUCUGUCAGUUACAUGGCACAGAAGUGAACUGUGAUAUCAGACACGGGGGCUUCUUCAGCAGUGGUGUCCAACCCGGUCAUCAGUGCUCAGCCUGUCAGUUACAUGACACAGAAGUGAACUGUGAUAUCAGACACGGGGGCUUCUUCAGCAGUGGUGUCCAACCCGGUCAUCAGUGCUCAGCCUGUCAAUUACAUGGCAUAGAAGUGAACUGUGAUAUCAGACACGGGGGCUUUUUCAGCAGUGGUGUCCAACCCUUUCAUCAGUGUUCAGUCUGUCAGUUACAUGACACAGGAGAAGUGAACUGUGAUAUCAGACACGGGGGCUUCUUCUGCAGUGGUGGCCAACCCUGUCAUCAGUGCUCAGCCAGUCAAAUAUGUGACACAAGGGAAGUGAGCGGGGCCUAGUGGUUAGUGUGCUAGAUCAGCACAAUGUCCCAACUGAUUCUCACCAGUGUGAUCACUGUCCACCUCAGUCUGACUUUUUCCCAGGCCUGAUAGCUGUAUAAGUGAAAUAUUCUUGAGUACUGUGUAAAACUCCAAUGAAAUCAAAUCACAAAUAAGGAUAAAUGGGCUGUAUACCAUUAACUAUGUCUUUACUGUUGGUUUCUUGUGUCUUGAAUACUAUGUAAAACUCCAGUGAAAGCAAUAAACAAAUAAGGGAUAAGUGAACUGUACACCAUUAACCGGAUGUCUAUACUGUUGGUUUCUUGUGUCUUGAAUACUAUGUAAAAGUCCAGUGAAAUCAGUGAACAAAUAAGAAAUAAGUGAA